AUGCAUUCUUUAAUGUUUACCGCCCUCUCGGUACUUGGCUUGAUAGCCGGGGUACACUCCGAGACCCAGUUCACCAACCCAGCGACGUGGAACGCCGAGGACGAUGACCGAUCCAACUACCAGGUAUACGAAGUCGGAGAUAGGAUACCCAUCAGGUGGACGACAGAUCGAGACAGAAUAAAGAACCUUACCGAGCGGUCUACAACAUGGAGGGUUGACUUUGGCAAUGGUCGCUUCGACACAGACAUUGGAGCGGAACAUGCCAGGUUCUGGUUCGCCCUUUACGACCCCGAAGACAUCAUAGACCGAUCUGCGGAUGGGUCAAAGAGCUUGGUCAACUCUGCUUCUUUCAACGUGACCGUUCCCGAUUAUAAACCAGCUUCGGUGACGACGAAGACGACGGCGACCAAAGCGGCCACCACUUCAUCGCCCCCGACCGAGACCGAGACUGAACCUGAGACCACGAGUAUAACCACAGCGGCGACUUCCAGUCCGGCAGAAUCAGCUGGCUCGGAUGCUACGGACAAGGAAGAAGACAAAGAGCCGGGUCUUUCAGCUGGAGCUGCGGCUGGCAUUGGAGUCGGUGCAUCAGUCGGCGGGAUCGCGAUACUGGCCAGCAUUGGUUUCUUCAUCUGGAGGCACUUGAAGAAGAGAAAGGAACAGCAAUAUUCGGGACAGCCUCAGUAUUACCCACAACAGUAUCAUCCGCAAACGCAGUACCCGCCAGGCCCGGCGCAGCUACAGAGCCCUGAGGCGAAAGCCGAGCUGCCCACUCAUUCUACAACCACUUCAACGAGCCAGGUAUACGAAGCGCCAUAG